AUGGAAAUUCAACAUAUUGUUUAUGGGUUUUCUCCAAAGCUAUCACCCGCACCAUCAAUUCCAAUUGGAAAACCCCCUUCUUUACUUUCUUCUUCAUACCCUUCUAUUCAGUCCCAGAAGUUUGAUGUUUUGAGUGGAGUUUAUCACCCUAUCAACAUUGCAAAAAAAGGCGGUUGUUAUAGCUCUAGGAGGAGAGUAUGGUGUAGCAGUAGCAAGGAUAUUGCAGAUCCAAACAAAGGGCACGAGGUGAGAACUCAGGUCACGGGGAGAAGGAAAAAGUUGGCAGUGUUUGUGUCUGGUGGAGGAUCGAACUUCAAAUCAAUUCACGAGGCAUCCAAAAGGGGAUCACUUCAUGGAGAUGUCAUUGUAUUGGUUACAAAUAAAAGCGAGUGUGGAGGUGCUGAGUAUGCAAGAAAUAAUGGUAUACCAGUUAUAUUGUUCCCUAAAGCAAAGGAUGAAUCCAAUGGAUUGUCUCCUAAUGAGCUUGUUGAUUCACUAAGGAGAUUGGAGGUUGAUUUUAUUCUUUUAGCUGGAUACCUCAAACUUAUACCAGUGGAGCUGAUCCGAGCUUAUGAAAGAUCAAUAUUUAACAUUCAUCCAUCACUUCUUCCAGCUUUUGGAGGCAAGGGCCACUAUGGUAUGAAAGUACAUAAAGCAGUAAUUGCUUCUGGCGCAAGAUUUUCAGGUCCUACAAUUCAUUACGUGGAUGAACACUACGACACAGGUCGUAUCCUUGCACAGCGUGUUGUCCCUGUGCUUGCUAAUGAUACUGCAGAAGAGUUGGCUGCUAGGGUUCUAAGAGAGGAACACCAAUUAUAUGUUGAGGUGGUAGAGGCUUUAUGUGAAGACCGUAUAGUUUGGAGGAAAGAUGGCGUUCCUCUCAUCCGAAGCAAAGAAAAUCCUAAUGAAACUUAUUGA